GAUGCUGUGGCUGCUGCUGCGCCAGGGAGGGCAGGAGUCCUGGGAGGAGGCGGGUUUGGGUUCCCUGGCCGCGGGCUUCUACGUCAAGCCGCCAGAAGCCCGUAGGAGUUCGCGGCGGCAGGCUUUUUUCUGACAAACCACAGUUGCUUGACAGUCGCUUACAUCCUGUAAUUCUUGUAAAUGCCUAACUUUCACUGAAGUCAACAAAAACUUGUCUGGAUGACAGAAUGACUGGCAUAGAGAAUGAAACUGUAAGAGGCAAAGCCAUGGAGGAGGAAAGCACCGAACAGAAAAAGGAACGAGAGAAAAAGAAAAGGUCGAGGGUUAAACAGGUGCUGUCAGAUAUAGCAAAACAAGUGGAUUUCUGGUUUGGAGAUGUCAACCUUCACAAAGACAAAUUCCUCCGAGAACAAAUAGAGAAGUCUAGAGAUGGAUAUGUUGACAUAUCACUUCUUGUAUCGUUCAACAAAAUGAAAAAAUUGACGACUGAUGGGAAAUUGAUAGCCCGAGCAGUUAAAAGCUCAUCUGUUGUAGAACUGGAUUUAGAGGGAACUAGAAUCAGAAGACGUCAGCCACUGGGUGAGCAACCAAAAGAUGUGGAUAGUCGUACUGUAUAUGUGGAGCUGCUUCCCAAAAAUGUCAACCACAGUUGGAUUGAGCGGGUAUUUGGGAAAUGUGGUAAUGUAGUUUAUAUCAGUAUCCCACGUUAUAAGUCCACUGGAGACCCAAAGGGAUUUGCAUUUGUUGAAUUUGAAACAAGAGAGCAAGCAGACAAAGCUAUUGAGUUUUUGAAUAAUCCACCAGAAGAAGCACCAAGAAAACCUGGGAUGUUCCCCAGAACAGUAAAAAAUAAGCCUGUUCCUGCACUGAAUACAAGUGACUGCAGUGUAGUGGAAGAGAAGAAGAAGAAAAAGAAGAAAAAAUCCAAAAUGAAGAAAGAAAGCAGCUUACAGUCAGCUGCAGAAAUGAAAGAAUCAAACAUGGACACUACUGCAGAUCAAAUAAGCAAGUCAAAGAGACACAGGACAACAUCUGAGUGCUUGGAAAUGGAAGUAUCUGGAGUCCAUAGGCAACCUUCUAAGAAAGAGAGAAAAAAAUGGGAUAGAACAGAAAGCCCAGAGUUAACUGAGGAAAGUAGGCUAGGGAAGAGAAAAAGAAGCAACUCUGGAGAUGUAGAGGCAUUAGGUGCAAAAGUCAAGAAAACUGCUCAAAAAGAUGAUGUUCAUUCUGUAAAAGAAGAAACGGCAGAAGCUCAAAAGGAUUCCAAAGAAGUUAAUACAGAAGAGGAGAAAGAGGGUGAUAAGAAAGACACAUCUCUUUCAAAAUCAAAAAGGAAGCAUAAGAAAAAGCACAAAGAAAGGCACAAGAUGGGAGAGGAGGUCAUUCCAUUGAGAGUACUCUCAAAGAGUGAAUGGAUGGAUCUGAAGCAAGAAUAUUUGGCCCUUCAAAAAGCCAGCAUGGCUUCCUUAAAGAAAACAAUGUCCCAAAUCAAAUCUGAGUGUCUGGAGAAGAUGGAAACAGAUAGUGGUGUACAAAAGUGUCCUCAAACAAAAAAUGUCAAAUCCACCAAUGAAGAUUCUGGCCCCCCUGAGAAAGCUAACACAAUGGGACCACAGUUUGUGAGUGGAGUAAUUGUGAAGAUCAUUAGCACCGAACCCCUACCAGGCAGGAAACACAUCAAGGAUGUUCUAGCAAUAAUAGCUGAUGUUGCUUAUGUUGACAUGCUGGAAGGAGAUACAGAGUGUCAUGUUCGGUUUAAAACUCCUGAAGAUGCACAGGUUGUAAUGAAAGCACAUAAAGAAAUUCAGAUUAAAAACAACUGGAAACUUGAGGUCCUAACUGGUGAUCAUGAACAGCGGUACUGGCAGAAAAUUUUGGUGGACAGACAAGCUAAACUUAACCAACCUAGAGAAAAGAAGCGAGGCACAGAGAAGCUGAUUGCCAAAGCUGAAAGAAUGAGACUUGCAAAGACACAAGAGACAAGUAAACAUAUCCGCUUCUCUGAAGAUGACUGACCUAAAAUUGAUUUUAUUCUGUAAAAGGAUAUUUAAAAUAGUCACUGGAUAUUUUAAUGAAACCAUAAACUGUUCUUAUGAAGAAGUCAAAACCAGUCCAUUUGCUUCAUAAUUCUUCAGUGUGCAAUUUUAUUCUAAAUUCCAUUUUUAAAUAUGCUGAGUGUUUGCUGCUCCUGAGCCUGUAGGUAAAGCUUUCUGGGAAAACGUAUCAAACAAGGUCUUGCUUUGUUUUACAUUUAGUUUUACUUCUAAUGAAUUUUUGUAUAUUGCAGUUUUAUAAACUGAAUUAUAGAAAAGAACAAAUAAAAUGUUUUAG